CAAAACCCUAGAAUCUCUUCGCCCCACUUUCGCCAUCGCACUGCUCGCGCUGCUCUAUCUGGGAGGCGACGGCGUGACACUUCCCGCCAUUGUGCUCGGUGGAGAAGUCGCCCGAAGAUGAAGUUCAACAUCGCUAACCCUACUACCGGUUGCCAGAAGAAGCUGGAAAUCGAUGACGACCAGAAGCUUCGGGCAUUCUUUGACAAGAGGAUCUCCCAAGAAGUUAGUGGAGAUGCUUUGGGUGAGGAGUUCAAGGGUUACGUGUUCAAGAUCACAGGUGGAUGUGACAAGCAGGGUUUCCCCAUGAAGCAGGGAGUGUUGACUCCUGGGCGUGUCCGCUUGUUGCUGCACAGGGGAACACCUUGCUUCCGUGGAUAUGGCAGACGUGAUGGUGAGCGCAGGAGGAAAUCUGUGCGUGGCUGCAUUGUCAGCCCUGACCUGUCUGUUCUGAACUUGGUCAUUGUGAAAAAAGGUGAAAAUGACCUUCCUGGUUUGACUGACACGGAGAAGCCUAGAAUGAGGGGUCCAAAGAGGGCAUCAAAGAUCAGGAAGCUCUUCAAUCUGUCCAAGGAAGAUGAUGUGCGUAAAUAUGUCAACACAUACAGAAGAACAUUUACAUCAAAAACAGGCAAGAAAUGCAGCAAGGCUCCAAAGAUACAAAGGCUGGUGACGCCUCUGACUCUCCAGAGGAAGCGUGCAAGGAUUGCGGAAAAGAAGAGGAGGAUUGUGAAGGCUAAGGCUGAGGCUGCUGAGUAUCAGAAACUGCUGGCGUCGAGGCUGAAGGAGCAGCGUGAACGCAGAAGUGAGAGCUUGGCAAAGAAGAGGUCCAGGCUUUCUGCGGCUUCCAAGCCUUCAGUUGCUGCUUAAGCUGCAUCUUUUUCCAGAGGAUUUUGUUUGGUUUAGGUUUUGUUAUUUAGAGAUUAAACUCUUUGCAAUAUGAUGAUAUUGAGGUGAUAUUUUUUCCCAAUUUUGUGUCUGAGACCAUUAAAUCCAGCUUUUGACUUCAAAUAUUCGGUGUCUAUGUGAUGACCCGACCCCCCUUUCGUGUUUAAA